AACAACUACAAAACAAAAAAAGAGAACAGAACAGAACAGAACAGAAGAAAAAAUCAUUCACAACGGCGACCAUAACGAACUCCGCCCUUGCAAUGAGCCAACUGGGCACCGUCUACGCCACAAAGCGAAGGCGACGCAAUGGCAAAAGCCUGAAGCCGCCGCCCAAGGAUGGCGUCACUAAGAGCAAUCCAUCAAAACGGCAUCGGGAGCGGUUGAAUGCCGAAUUGGAUCUGCUUGCCUCGCUGCUGCCCUUCGAGCAGAAUAUACUAAGCAAACUGGAUCGACUGAGCAUACUAAGGCUGUCCGUUAGUUAUUUAAGAACCAAAAGUUAUUUUCAAGUUGUUAUGCAUAAGGAGAAGGAGGAGAACGGAGUCCUGCCGCACAUACACGCACACGAUGGCUACAGAACGCGUGAGCUGGGCGCCUUUGAGCAUGGUCUGCUGGAUGGUGAUAUGUUCCUGCAGGCUCUAAAUGGAUUUCUAAUGAUACUGACAUGCGAAGGCGAGGUCUUCUUUGCCACGCACAGCAUCGAGAGCUAUUUGGGUUUUCAUCAGUCGGACAUUGUGCAUCAGUCGGUGUACGAGCUGGUGCACUCUGAGGAUCGCGAGGAACUACAGCGCCAACUGCUGUGGAACAGCUUCCUGCCCGCGGACAUGUCCAGCAUGCAGCUCUCGGAGACUCUGGCGCCCGACAAGGCACUCUACUUGGAGCGCAGCUUCACGGUGCGAUUCCGUUGCCUGCUGGACAACACCUCAGGAUUCCUGCGCCUCGACAUACGCGGUCGCAUCAAGAUACUCCAUGGUCAGAACCGAAAGACGGAGGAGCCGCCACUCGCACUGUUCGCCUACUGCACACCAUUCGGUCCGCCCAGUUUGCUGGAGAUACCGCACAAGGAGAACAUGUUCAAGUCCAAGCACAAGCUGGACUUUUCCCUCGUCUCCAUGGAUCAGCGGGGCAAGCACAUUCUGGGCUACGCAGAUGCUGAGCUGGUCAACAUGGGUGGCUACGAUCUGGUGCACUAUGAUGACUUGGCCUACGUGGCCAGCGCUCAUCAGGAAUUGCUGAAGACGGGCGCCUCGGGCAUGAUUGCCUAUCGCUACCAGAAGAAGGACGGCGAGUGGCAAUGGCUGCAGACGAGCUCACGACUGGUGUACAAGAACUCGAAGCCGGACUUUGUCAUCUGCACGCAUCGCCAGCUGAUGGAUGAGGAGGGACACGAUCUGCUCGGCAAGCGCACCAUGGACUUUAAGGUCAGCUAUCUGGACACCGGGCUGGCGUCCACGUACUUCUCCGAGGCCGAUCAGCUGGUGGUGCCGCCCUCAAGUGCCAGUGCCUCGCCCACAGCUCAUGCGCUGCCGCCUCCCGUCACGCCCACGCGUCCCAAUCGUCGCUACAAGACGCAGUUGCGAGACUUUCUCUCCACGUGUCGCAGCAAGCGCAAGUUGCAGCAGCAGCAACAGCAACAACAGCAGCUGCAGGCUCAGCAAUCCUCGCCACUGGGUCAGGUUGGUUCUCCAGCGCCCGCUGUGGUCGAGUAUCUGCCGGAUCCAGCGGCUGUGGCUGCAGCUGCCGCCUACUCCAAUCUAAAUCCCAUGUACACGGCAUCGCCGUACGCAACGGCUGCGGAUAAUCUCUACAUGGGCAGCUCGAUGCCGGCCAAUGCCUUCUAUCCGGUCAGCGAGACGUCGCUCUUCCAUCAGUAUCGACUCCAAGGUGCAGUCGGAGUUGGUGGCUACUACACCGACUAUCCGCACACGGGAGCUCCGGCCUCGGCGUAUGUGGCGAACGGUUUCCUGUCGUACGAUGGCUAUGCCAUUGCCUCCAAGGCGGACGAGAAGUGGCAGGAGACGGGCAAAUACUACAGCGGCUACAGCAGCGGCUACGGCAGUCCAACGUCCACGCCACAAGUAAGUGUUGAAUUCCCCCUGAAGACGCCCAAGUCAUCGCCUCAAGUCAUGGAGGUCAUCUCGUGCUCCUCGGAUGGACCUUCGCCCGUUGCCGUUGCUGCUGGCGCCACAACCAAUGGCAGCAGCGGCGUGCCUCCUAAAGUGGAGUUGCAAGCAGCAUCCGCAGUUGCUGAUCCCUACGAGCGACAGACGGUGCUGAUGUGGGGCACCACUCAGUCCAGCGGUGUGCCGCUCAACAGUCGCAUUGCAGCCACAGCUGGUGGCUCGCCGCAUCGCAGCACUCCGCUCUCGAAUGGCCUCAGCUAUGCCAACAACAACAACGAGCACGAAACUGCCGCGGCAGCCAAGUGGAAUGGCAACAAGGAGCUGAGCGGCAAGUCAACGAGUGCCGGCACACCUGAGAGCUAUCAGCUGCAGCACGACGACUCCGGACUCUACUCGGCUUCCUCGCACACCACAUCGCCCCAGCAGCAGCAGCAGCAACAACAACAGCAGCAGCAGCAGCAACAGCAGCGUGGCAUUGGCAGCAAUGUGAGCAACUCGAGCAAUACUGAGCACCACGUCCACCAACCACAACCGCCCAGCUGCCAGCAACAGCAGCAGCAACAACAGCAACAACAUCAGCAUCCACAUCCGCAUCCGCAUCCACAUCACCACCACCAUCACCACCACCACCAUCCGCACCACCAUCCGCAUCACCAUGCGAUCCUAAUCACCACUCAACAACUGCAACAGCAACAGCAGCAACAACAACAGCAGCAGCAGCAACAGUUGGCGGUUUAUCCGCUGCACCACCAGCAACAUCAGCUGGAGUCGCCGCCCAAUUGCCGCACACCGCCAACGCUGCCAGCGGUAAGCAGCCUGCUGAGUGGUGCCGCCGACGCCGUUGCCAUCUCGCCGUACCAACAACUGGCCAUUGUCUCGACGACAACAUCAGCGCCAACAACAGCAGCGGCAGCAACACCGCUGAUCAUCUGCUCGGAUGACUCGCUGCAGGCGCUGAGCAACAGCUCUGCGAAUGCUGCCACACGUGGUGCACGCAAAGCAACUAAGCUGCAGCAGCAACAACAACAACAACAACAGCUACAACAGCAGCAGCAGCAACAUCUGCAUCACCAGCAACAUCAGCCAAAUUACCAGCAACAUCACACACAGCAUCUGCUCUAUCCGGCCAAUAUUACCGCUCACACGGCUCUGGCCUAUGCCCCGCCCCCCGGUAGUGCUGGCGGCGCCUACAUCGACGGCAGUCCGCUGCUCUCCUUCUCGGAGGUGACCAACACGCUGCUGAAUCAGUAAAGGAAACGACAGCAACAACAACACCAACACCCACAACCCAAAGCACACAAAAGACAACAAACAAACAUGU